UCUGGUACUUCUACAAACCAGGUGUUGCAUGAGAAUAGCAGGCAGCCAUGAGUUUGUGCCGAUGAGGUGCCAUGCCAGCAACAUGAGACUCUCAUGCUCCAGGAAUUCAUGCUUCGGUGGGGCAAUCACAUAGGAUUGCUCAAAUUAAUGCAAAGGUCUCACAUACAAGGGUUUUCUCUCUUUCUGUGUGUGUAUGUUCAUGUGGGUGUGGGUGUGUGUGUCUGUGUGUGUGGAGCUCUUAUUUGUUUGUAUGUGUGCGUGUGUGUGUUUACGUGAGUGUUUGGGUGAGCGUAGAGGUUUUGUCUUUAAUGGUUUUGGAGCUCUUUUGAGGAUCAGCAAUGGAGGCCUUGGAGCGUCUGGAAGUAGUUCAUGUCCACUUGCAGCUGCUCCACACGCACGGGAUCGCCACCUCGCAUGACCCAUCCAAUCGUUUCCUCGCCGAUUUCCUGCUGCUGCUGGGUGAGUCAGGCAAGAGUUAUGUCGAGAUGCAGAGGUUAUGCGAAGUCUUACUUGACGCGGUUCCAAAGAUGAAGGGUUCGUCGUUGUUUGAUGAGAUGGCGAGGGCAACUUCCUCGGAAGACAAGCUCACGAUGGAGAAUUUCACGCUACACAAGGGUUUGAAUCACCGAGGAGGUCAUGUACGUGCCGAUUCUGUAACUUUGCAAAUGAGCGAAGUUGUUGGUGAAGAAGUACUGACUACACAACAACGACGAAGUGCUCCUUGUGAGCGUUCUGUGUUGAGUUGCAUGAUUAGUUUUAACAGCAUGGAGCGAGCUCGCUCCACACUAGAGGAUUUCUGCAGAUCGUACUUUAUGUUUCAUGGCAUGGACGCACAGAAUCCCACACAUAUCUUUCGCUAUCUCCCGCUCCUUGUUUUUGUCGAGUCCUUCAUAUAUCAGCUGGAUGAGGAGAAUGAAGAUCAACUAUGCUUAUCGGAAGGGACGGGUGGUUCCAAUCGGUCACAUGAUGUCUCAAGUGAAUUUGCAUACGGUUUAGGGAAGGACCCAUUCACAGGAAUGCGGUCUAUACUUCAACAACAGGAUUUACUAACGGAGAGGAUUGAUAAUGAACUAAAGGAUGGUCUAAAGUAUUGGUGUUUGGAGCAGUCCCUUUGUACUGCCCUCUCAACUGGAAAAGAGGUAAAGCCUGAAGAUGUUUUACGAGCUCUACGACUCAAAUCAUUUGACUAUCGUAUACUUAACCUUCUUCUAUAUGGCUUGCUCCAUGAACCGGUCAAUGAGGCUCAUUUUGAGUUUCUCUCCGUUUCGGAACUACUUGUAGAGAUAAGCGAUGAUUUGUUCGACUAUGAGGAAGAUGUAGUCAAAAACACCUUUAAUGUGCUUCGUAUGUUUGUUCACACGUAUGGGUCUAAUGAUGCCCCCAUCAAGCUCGCUCAAUUCAUUAGUAAAAUUGAAGACGAAUACCAAGCACUGUUAGUGGCUUUGGAACCGGAUAUUCGAGAUAAAUACACACAGCGGUGUGAGGAGGCUGUAAAAGAAGGGGGGAGCAAGUCUGUGCACGUUCUAGGAGAUUGGACAAUUCCUCCCCUCAUCACUGACGAAAAUGCCUUCCGCAUUCGGGUCAAUGAAGAUGCAUGAUGCAUAAAACUAGUGCUGUGAGAUAACGUUACAGGCAAUGCAGACUUGGAUCAACUCGGGUGCAACGUUACAUAGUCCAGUUUUCUUACAGCUCAACAUCAACACGAAGUCAACUUCUUAGGUUGAUGGGAUUCUGACCAUGGAGCGUACUUAUGAUGGGGAGGCGCAUUAACCCGUAGUCUCAUUGAAACUCCAUAUUUGGGACUCUUCCUCAGCGAAUGCAGUCUACUGAAAAUCACCCACGACUGAGUUUCAUUGUGUAGUGAAAGCCAUAGCUGCACCAGAAUCAUCUAGAUUUGUACAACCUUGUUGUGUUGCAUGUUAUCCAAUUUCGUUGCCAUUGCUUUACUCCAUCCUGUGAAUUUAGAACACAUAAUUCUGUAAUUGUGGAAAGGGUGUUGACAGGUCCAGUGAUAGAUUCCAUGUCAGCCACUGGACUUGCUGCCUCGGGGAAUUCCAUGCUCUUUUGGACUUGUGAAGUGAUCGUUCCUGAAGAUUCGUGUAGUUGGUCCCCAGUGCUCCACUCCUAAUUGUGCUGUGAUUUACGUGCAAGUAAAUCUCAAGCGUGACAUUGAUCACCCUUCCUCAUCGUUGGUAUUCCUUCACCCUGGUGACACAGACUUGUCUCUUUUGUUGUCAGACUUCGUAUCGUUGGGGUUCGAAAUGCUGCUGGAUUCAAACCUAACGUUUACAUCAAAUCCAGUUGAAGUUGUGAACAUGAAGGCCAUGGGAGAGUGAUCAAAAUGGACUGGAAACUUACACCAUCGUUUGACUUCGAUGCCAAAGCUAGUCACGACAAACCUUCGCCAAGGGAAUGAACAUUCCUUGUCUAGAAUUGGAAAAGGGAAUGACAAAAGCAAACUAAUUGGAUUUUUCCAUUA